AUUAUUUCAGACAAUGUCUUUAGUGCUAUUUUAUACCACCUUGUGGUGAAUCUGUGGUGGUUCAAGUGCACCCAAACUACAAAACAAAAGACUGUUAAUCAAUAUUUCAAAUGUUCUGCAUGUCAGUGCUGUUAAAAAGACGACUGUGGUUUCAAUGUGUUUCAUGGUUUUAAUGUUUUGGAAAGUCAAAAUCAUGAUAGCCACUAUAUAAACCGAACUAUGCAUGCCAGGUGGGCUGUGUUUUUCAGUUCAGUUACAGUAAUUUGCCCAUUUUGUUGCCAUGUUCACUGAGAAAGAGAAUAUUAAUGUGGCUGAAGGGAUGCACGGGGUUACCCGGGUCACUCUCUCUUUCAGUGUGUACAAUGGCUAAUAUGUAACAACCAUAAAAGCAAUGGUCUGUAAAACAUCUGACAGCUACACAGUCAGGGUGUAAACAGUUUUUGUAACAUCUCUUAAAAUGCUGAGCUCUCAUUAUUUGGGAACACAUUAUUUUAUUCCUUGUGGGUUCAGUCUGGAGAGCUCCCUGUUGUUGCCAUGGCUCUGUUUAAUGAUUUAUGAUGUCGGGUUGAGAUAUAAAGCUAUCUUGGGUGUAGAGGGGGUGCAUGGUGCUUUGACCGGUGCUGAAGAAGCAGCUGUUGCACAGAAAGGAAACCUCAGAUGGAUUUUGUCUACAGCAGUGGGGUGCUGGUCAUACAGCACCUACAGAACAACUACAGAGAAUACCACGACUUCCUCAGCUUUAUGUCAAGUGUGGGAGACCCUCGUAAUAUUUUCUCUGUUUACUUCCCCCUCUGGUUCCAUCUUAGUCAUGAGGUGGGCACCAAGAUGAUAUGGGUGGCAGUUAUUGGAGACUGGCUCAACCUUAUUUUCAAAUGGAUUCUGUUUGGGCAGCGACCUUACUGGUGGGUGCAAGAAACUCACUUCUACCGCAAUGAUUCAUUCCCACACUUGGAGCAGUUUCACAUCACAUGUGAAACAGGACCAGGAAGUCCAUCAGGUCACGCCAUGGGCUCAUCCUGCGUGUGGUAUGUGAUGAUCACCUCUGCGCUCAACUUCACCAGGUCGUCCUCCACUGUCAGUCCUCUGCAGAGUUUUCAGAGAUUUCGUCUACUGAGGUCUUGCCUGUGGAUGGCUUUUUGGGUAAUUCAGAUAAGCGUCUGCUUCUCCAGGGUUUUUAUUGCAACACAUUUCCCACAUCAGGUUAUCCUCGGUCUUCUAGCUGGUAUGCUGGUUGCUGAGACUUUUGAUCACAUCUUCUCAGUCUACAAUGCAAGCUUGAAAGUGUACCUCCAGAUGAAUAUUUUCCUUUUCUCUUUUGCUGUGUGCUUUUAUCUGAUCCUCAAAUCAAUCGAUAUUGAUCCUAUGUGGUCAGUUACUAAAGCCAAGAAGUGGUGCGCUAACCCUGACUGGAUCCAUCUUGACACCACACCUUUUGCUGGUCUGGUGAGAAACUUGGGAGCCUUGUUUGGUCUGGGCCUGGCACUGAACUCUCAGAUGUUCAUUCAAAGCUGCAAGGGGAAGAACGGCUACAAAGCCAGAUUUAAACUCAUGUGUGUGACAGCAACUCUCACAUGUCUGCAACUGUACGACUCUGUCAAAAUGCCCACCCACAACGAGCUUUUGUUUUACAUUUUAUCAUUUUGUAAGAGUGCUUCAGUUCCUCUUGGUGUGGUUGCUGUUGUUCCUUACUGUGUUCACUUGCUGAUUGGAGACGAGGACAAGAAAUUAGUUUAGAUUACUUGAGGAAUUAUGAAGUUUUGUAACAGUUUGUUAUGUUGCACUCUUUGAUCAGCAUUAAAGGAUAUCACAUGGGUUAGGUCCCGUCUACAGCCAGGAUACAUGUUACCACCUGUCCAACUGUUAUCCACAGUUGUCACAUAAGCACUGAAACAUUAUUGAAAAUAUGUUACAGCAUUUGGUUAUAGCUGGUAAAUGUGUUUUUAUGAUGUAUGACUUUAUGUGAUGAACAUAGUAAAUUAUGAUGUGUGAGACAUGAGAUUUGUCUGCGUUUUGUUUUACAUGUACAGUACAACCUGCUGUGUGAGUGUAUAUGUGAAACAUUGAUGA